CCCGCUGCGCAUGCUCGGUGCCCACCGCCCGGCCGGCCCCGCGCGCUGCGGAGCAUCUGCGCCUCGGCCCUGCAGCCCGGCCUGGGCAUCGCGCGCCCGGCCAUGACGGCGCACUCCUUCGCCCUCCCGGUCAUCAUCUUCACCACGUUCUGGGGCCUCAUAGGCAUCGCCGGGCCCUGGUUCGUGCCGAAAGGACCCAACCGCGGAGUGAUCAUCACCAUGCUGGUAGCCACCGCCGUGUGCUGUUACCUCUUCUGGCUCAUCGCCAUCCUGGCUCAGCUGAACCCCCUGUUUGGGCCACAGCUGAAGAAUGAGACCAUCUGGUACGUGCGCUUCCUGUGGGAGUGACAGCUGCGCUCCAGCCCCAGGUGCCCCAGCUCUCUGGAUGACCUUGGCUCGACUGACCCUGACAACCCUUCAUCCCUGCCCCUACAGCUGUGUCCUGGUCCCCUGGUGCUCCCUCCCCCAGGGCCUGCCUGGUUCUGGGAAGUACCGCCUCCUUCAGCCAAUUCAGGUCUCGGGAAGCCCCAAGCUCUCAGGGUCAGCCUAGAGCAGGCAAUAGCCAGCCCUCAAACUCUCGCUGCCCCCUCCCAAGUAGAUCCUGGCCAGGAGCUGACAUGGGUGGAGUCUGCCUUUUACAAAUGGGGCAGCCCGUGGAAGGCCAUGUGUCCCGUGGAGAGGGGUAUCCAGCCCAGGAUGCUCUGAGCCUGGAGUGGGCUGGGCCAGAGAGGAAGUCCUGGGUGGGGAGUCAGGGACCUGUUAUCAUCAGCUCUGCCCCUGUCCUGCUGUGUGACCCCAGGAAGCGUCUCUGUCUCCGUGGGCUGCCUCACCUGUGAGAUGGAGAGGCUCCAUCUGAUCUGGAUGUGUCAAAGGCCUUUUCCAGCUCUGGCGUGGAAUUCGUCUUCUUUAAUUUUCUGACACAUUUAGAUGUGGAAUUUCUGAAAAUGUGGAAGUAAUGGAAAAAUGUUCACACAAAAAAAGCAACAUAGUAAUUUGGGCCAAGAUUGAAACCUCUAUGUUUAGCAUCCUUGAUAGUCACUUAAAUUGGCUUGCUUAGAAAGUCGUAUGUCCUCAGAAUGUCCUCUUCCCCCUUCCUCCCCUACCUGGUUGCCCCCUGUGGCUAAGCUCCCUCCCCCAUUCCCAGAGCCUCAGUCUGGGCACUGUAGGGGCCCCAGGAGGAUGAAGAGAAGGGGAUAGGCGAGAUUUGGGUGGCACUGCAGGCACUGGGCCCACCCUGGCUCCAGAGGCCAGCACCACACCUGUCUUCUCCAGAGUGGACUGGAGAUGGUGAGGGAUGGAGGCGCACGUGGCCUGACCAAGGCUGGGAGGCAAAAUGUGGGGGUCAGACCAGAGGGAACCCAGGGACCCUCCAGCCCACCCCCUCAUGCAUCCCAGGAGAGCUGAGGCUGAGAUCUUGGAUGUUUGCCUACAGUCCCAGAGCUAAUCUGGGUCCCUCAUUCUGCCACAUUGCCUCCUAGGGGAAUAAGCCAAUCUCACAUAUUUAUUGACUGUAUUUAUUUGAUUGGCAUCCUUCCCUGUUAGUGGGUAUAAUCUUUGGAAGGGCAAGCGAAUGUGAUGCAUCUCACCAGAUUUCUUGGUUCUGGGCUUGGCCUGUUGCUCAGAGCUCAGGUUGGGGCCUUCCAUAGGCAUCCCCCCAACCAGGCUCUUUUCCUGUCCUGACCUCUGUGGGCCUCCUGGAGUGGGAUGCUGAGUGUAGCUUGUACUGAAGACCCGACCGUGUCAGGUGACUAGUGAGUGGUGGGAAGUUACUGUUUGGUGGCGAAGACCUGGCUGAGGCCAAGUUCGCUUUGUUGCUCUACCCACCUGAUACCCCUUUCCUCAGUGGGUGGGUUUGGGGCACAGGAAAGGGGACUGGCAGCUACUUGGAGCUGCAGCACUGGCAGGGGGACACUGAGAACUACAUUUUCCUGAGACCUGAGGGAAAGUACAGCUGUGCUGGAUUCUGUCCAGAGCCCGGCCUGGCAGGACGACAGAGAACUUGUUCAAGUGGAACUGUGACCACCACUCGUCUGUGCCCCGGGUUAGAGUGCAUGGUUCCUGGGGCUGCAAUAAAGUGGGUCCCCGACAUCUCAACAUC